CCGGCUCAGUGCCGCUGUGACUGGCGGCUCGGUGAGUGCGGCUGGUGGAGACGGGGAGAAUCAGAAGACGCCGGGACGUAAAUGGAGCUAGUCCUGGCUGCGAGCUUUUACGAAUGCCCGGUGUAGGGCGCUUGAUCCGAAUUGGAAACCCCCGGUCCCGCGUUUACAGCAAACUGGAAACCGCUGCGGGCCUCAGGCGGUGAUCGGCCCCGGUUGAACUCCGCCAUCUUUAUUUGGGAGCAAGGCGCAGCAGCGCUCAUGCGCAUGCGUCUUCCACGUUGUGAGUGGGGUGUUCUGAAGAAUAGCAUUUUCUGAGCAAACUGAAACCAAGAGAAAUGUUUGUCUUUUCUCGAUUUUUGUCCUGGGCUGACAGUGAUUUUUCAUUUGUGAAUGCGUUGUGCAUGUUAUUGUUCGGGAACAAUUUGUAGAUCGGGAUAUCAAAAGAAGUUCUGAUUGCCAGCGGAGUCAUCAAGAUCUGAAUAUCACUCGUCUUUAUCUGUGGAAGGAAAGAGUUUCACAGAGUUUUUCGGAAGUUUUUCAGCCAAGAAACUGAACUCAAGCAUUACAUCAGGAUCUGAGAGAGUUGCCAAACAUAUCACAACCUGAAUGUCACUCAAUGUUGAACAUGGAAGGAGAAAGCACCUUAUACUGUGGAAAGAAACCGUACCCCGAUUCAAUGUGUGGACAAGGCUUUAACCAUUCAACUGGCCUGUCAGAAAAUGAACAUAUUCAUACUGAUGAGAAGCCUUGGAAAUGUGGGCACUGUGGGAAAGCAUUCUUUCAUCCAUCAAAGCUGAAAAUUCAUCGGCGUAGUCACACUGGAGAGAGGCCAUUCACCUGUUCAGAGUGUGGGGAGGGAUUCACUCAGUCAUCUACCCUGUUGAUACACCAGAGAGUCCACACUGGGGAGAAGCCGUUCACCUGCUCUGAAUGUGGGAAAGGAUUCACUCAAUCAUCCACCCUGCUGAGACACCAGAGAGUUCACACUGGGAAAAGGCCAUUCACCUGCACAGAGUGUGGGAAGACGUUUGUCAAUUCAUCAAACCUGGUGACACACCAGCGAGUUCACACUGAGGAGAGACCUUUUAAAUGCCCAGUCUGUGGGAAGUGCUACAAAAGUUCUGGGGAGCUGAUGCUCCAUCAACGUGUUCACACUGAUGAGAGACCAUUCAGAUGCUCUGACUGUGGAGCUGCAUUUAAACGAUCAUCUUACCUCACUGUACACCAUCGUGUUCACACUAGGGAAAAGUCAUUCACCUGCACUGACUGUGGGAAGGGCUUCUCUCAGUCAUCCCACCUGUUGAUACACCAGCGUGUUCACACUGGGGAGAAGCCCUUUACCUGCUCUCAUUGUGGAAAGGGAUUCAGUCAGUCAUCCCACCUGCUGAGACACCAGCACAUUCACACUGGAGAGAAGCCAUUCACCUGUCCCAGUUGUGGGAAGGGAUUCACACAGGUGUCACAUCUGCUGAGUCACCAGAGAGUUCACAACAAGCAGCAUAAACAGGACGACCUGAACGGCCUCUUCGUAUCUUACGUUCACUCAAGCGGUCCUGCAACCUGCUCACGAGAACUACUUGGAAACCUAGAACCCAGCCACCACCUCGCAGUAAAACGCCUCCUCAUUUGUCCACCUGAAAGGCGAAAGGUGGCCAGCAGCUCCGCCCGCCCUCAGUUACUCCGAUUGGCUGGAGGAACCGUCGCACGCAAUUGGUCUUCCGACAAGAUGCCGGACAAGGAGAGCGGGCGGGGGGCCAAGGAGGGAGCGAGGCUGGAGGAGGGUGAGGCCGGGAUGACGGAGGACACUGAGGGCUGGCUGGAGAUGCCAUCCUCGUACGCGGAGACUCUGAGCACCUUCUGCAGCAUGACCACCAUCCACGGGGCGGUGAGGCUGAUCUGUACAGAGGGCAAUCGGAUGAAGACCAGCCUGUGGGCAGCCAUCCUGGCACUCACGCUGGGUGCCAUGUACUGGCAGAUCGGUCUCAUCUGCCGGCAGUACCUCCAGUUCCCGGUUCAAAUCUCCUUGUCGAUUCACAGUGGCAACAUACAGUUCCCCACUGUCACCGUCUGUACUCUCAACCCAUACCGGUACAAGGAGGUAAGCGCAGAUCUGAGGGAGCUGGACCUUUUGACCCAAGAGGCUCUAUUCGUCCUGUAUGGCUACAGGGCCCCCGGGGAUGAAGCUCCCACACCACCCACCCAGCGCCCCCGGGCGGCCAUCCCACGGCGCCUGGGCUUGCGGCUGAUCAACCCUGAGGGGCGGCGCGGUUCGCCAGCCCUGGAGAUCAGGCCCCGACGAGGGAGAGGUGGCGGCGAGGGGGAUGCCUGGGCCCACAGCCCGCCUCUGGCCCGCAACAGCUCCUGGAAGAUCGGCUUCGAGCUGUUUAUGGAAACUGUUACACCUUCAACGGGAUUAACAGCAGCUCCCAGUGGGAAUCCUCCAAGGCCGGUAAAGACCACGGUGAGUGAAAACGAAGAGAUCGAACAGAACAAUUCCAUCCCCUUCCUGUCGACGGCGGCUGGAGCCCGGAUGAUGGUCCAUGAUCGGGGCCGCUCUCCCUUCAUGGAGGACGGUGGCUUUGAUAUUCGCCCGGGACUGGAGACCUCCGUCAGCAUGAGGAAGGAGGUGGUCUCUCGCCUCGGAGGGCCAUACAGUGACUGCACAGAGAACGGCUCUGAUGUCCGCGUUCGUAACCUCUACAAAUCCGACUACACCCAGCAGGACACUGUUAUUACCGGUUGGCACAAGAAUUCACUGACGAUGUCCUCGGUUGCUUCAAAACCUGUCGGAAGCCGUGCAAGUGAGGAGAAACACCAUCUGUGUGUGGAAGUCUGUGAAGAGUCAUCUGAAAUGUCCAAACAUCAGUGCAGUCACACUGGAGAGAGACAGUGGAAAUGUAGGGAUUGUGGGAAGGGAUUUCUUUACCCAUCCAAGCUUGAGCUUCACCAACGCAGUCACACUGGGGAGAAGCCAUUCACCUGCUCUGAUUGCGGGAAGGGAUUCACUCGGUCAUCCAGCCUGCAGAUCCACCAGCGGGUUCACACUGGGGAGAGGCCAUUUACCUGCUCAGUGUGUGGGAAACCAUUUGCUGACUCAUCCAGUCUGCUGAAACACCAGCGAAUUCACACUGGGGAGAAACCAUUCACUUGUUCUGACUGUGGGAAGGGAUUUACCCUAUCAUCUAACUUGCGGAUCCACCAGCGAGUUCACACUGGGGAGAAACCAUUUACUUGCUCCCAGUGUGGGAUGGGAUUCAGUCAGUCAUCCAACCUACGGAUCCAUCAACGAGUUCACACUGGGGAGAGACCAUUUGUUUGCUCCCAGUGCAGGAUGGGAUUCAGUCAGUUAUCCAGUCUGCGGAUACACCAGCGAGUUCACACUGGGGAGAGACCAUUCACCUGCUCCCUGUGUGGGAAAGGAUUCAGUCAGUCAUGCAAACUGCUGAUACACCAGCGAGGUCACUCCGGGGAAAGACCAUUCACCUGUUCUGAAUGUGGAAAAGGAUUUAUUUGCUCAUCUGAACUACUGGAACACCAACGAGUUCAUACUGGCGAGAAACCAUUCACUUGCUCUGAUUGUGGGAAGGGAUUUACCCAAUCCUCCAACUUGCGGAGACAUCAGCGAAUUCACACCGGGGAGAAACAUUUACUCAGUCAACUAACCGGCUGAUACACCUGCCCAUUCACUCUAUGGAGAGACCAUUCAUUUGUUCUGUAUGUGGAAAAAGAUUUCAAGCUGUUAACACACCAGCGAAAUGACACUGGGUGGAUUCCAUUCACAUGUUGUGUUCUUGUAAAAACGCUUUGCUGUUUACGAACACUCCAGCAAAUUCGCAGAACCACAGGUGAAGAAUUUUUGUUUUUACUCACACCAAGGAAUGAACCAUGGUCACCAAGCUGUUUGUAUUGAUGUUAUUAAACCCUGGUGCAUUAGACGAUCUGACCUUGCAGAUAAAACAUUGAUACAGUUGUGUAUGUGUAAGAUAGAUUUUGAAAAUAACUGCAAUGCGGCUGAACAUCAACACAUUUAUGCUGGGUAAAGACUGUCCACCUGCAUAUUGUUUGUAAAAUGAUUUUGAGGUUCAUCAGGAUUGGUUCAACAACAAUGAGUUCCCUUGUCAUUUUGAUGGUAUUGUUAUCCAAAUCCAAAUCAUGUUUCUGAUGAUGUUUUUAAACACCACAGGUUCAGUUACCUCUUUUUGGAAAAAAAAAUACACGUCACCUUUUUGUUAAAACUAAGUUGCAUCAAAUCUUUGUGUAAUUCUGAAUGCCUUUACAGUUAAGAUAAUUAGCAGCCUUUCACGUGAACAGUUGGGAGAAGGCACAUCCAGAGUGAGAUAUAACCUAAAAUGCUGGAUAUUCAGUUACAGGUGCUGUUGGGACAUGUGCAACAUAACUAGGCAAGUGGGUGGGAUCCACAUGGAAUGUCCAAAAGGGUAAGAAGAACAGAGAAGAAUCAACAAUAAUUAUAAAUCAGAAAGGCAUCGACAUGAGGUACAAGGGAUUUUGACGUGAUUGAAUGUCAUUAAUUUUAUUGCUGUGAGUUUAAUGAACAAGGCAGAAGAGUUGAGAAUUCAACUUUAAAAUGGGAUAUGAUAACAUUACUGUCACUGAGACAUGGUUGAGAGAGGGAGAGAGUAAGGAUUGGACACAGUCUUCAUGUGAGACACCGAUGGAGGCAAAAGAAGAGGAGGUGUCGCAAUUGUACUUCAGCAAUAAGGAGAGUUGACACCUUACAAAACUGCUUAAAUAACUCUGUAUGGGUGAAACAAGUGGAGCUGGCAAGGAGGCAAAUUUCAGAGAAAUAUAACAGCAAUAGGGUUGUGAAGAGCAGGAUUUCCACUUCUCCCACAUUAAACCUUUUACACUGUGAUUAACACAGUUAGAGGAAGUUUUAAAAUAAAUCCAGGGUAGCUUUUGAAGUCAGUAUGUAGAAGGGGGACGUCCUGGACUUAACUUUAGGUAACAAAGACGGAAAAGUGGUCGUCUCAGUCGGGGAGCAUUUUCAAGACAGUUAUCAGAACCCUUUUUGAAAGAUUCAGGAUUGUUACAGAAAAAGGCAAGAAUUGGCCUCAAGAACAAAUAUAAUUUGGCCAGAGUGUGCAGGGGGAUACCUCAGUUAAUUUCAGGUAAAUGUAUAACCUGAAACUUAAAUGGGGAGAUAAUGGAGAGCAGUUAGGGGAACAUGAAUUGAUACAGCCAGCUAAAAUAAAGGAAAAAGCUCAGUUGUUUUAUAGGUACAUUAAUGGUUAAAGGGUAAUGGGGGAAUAAAGUAAAGCCCAUUAAAUUCAAUCACAUACCUUUCUCUGAUUUGUCUCACUCUCAGUCAUGCAAUCUGACAUUCCAUAUUCAUUUAGAACCACUCCUACAUCCUCCGGUUCCACACACACAUUACUGCUGUUGUCCCUAAAGAAAUUAACGCAGAAAGAGAGACGGUUUUGAGCCAUCUGGAAGGCUUUAAUGUGGUUAAACCUGCAGAGUCAGAUGAAAUGUAUCCCAUGUUGUUGUGAAAAAAUAGCGGGGUCACUUGCAAAAACUUCCACUUCCUCUCUGACCACAGGAAAUGUGCUAGAGGACAGAAAGUCAGUCACAGUUUAUUGAAAUUUUAUUCAAGAAGGGAGCAAGGAAUAAAUCAAGAAACUGCAAGUCAGUCAGUCUCACCUUGGUGGUGAGGAAACUGUCAGAAGUAAUUCUGAGGAACAGGUUUAAUUUAGAAACAUUACAAACUGUCUGUUUACAUUCUCGCAGGAUAAGUGUGGAGUGAGCACUUUUUGAGUGAAAUUGUUUUCUAGCCAAAAUCCCCCUUGACAAUCCAAGACUGUGUCAUGUAGUAUGCUGACAGGAAAAAUGAAAUCGACCAGCCAGGGAAGGAAGCCUGUCAACCAGUAAUCUUUUGGUCAACAGCCGAAUUCAAUCACCAAUUACCCUGUCCAAAGAUGUUGCUUCUCACAGAUCCAAACUGAUCCUAUUUACCUCUGAACAGCCUAUCUGACAAGCCUGUCUACCCCUUCCUGUAAGCGAAGGCUGGCCACAUUAUUUACCACCCAUUACUUUUGUAUCAUCUAUGAACUAACUGAUCAACCAUCCUAUAUUCAAGUCUGAAUCAUUUAUAUAAACCAUAAACAGCAACACUGACCACUGUGGGAUCCCAGUGGACAUAGACUUCUAGUUGAAAAAAUAUCCCUCAACCAUCAUCUGCUGCUGCUGGCCUCUCAGCCAAUUUGUGGCUUCAAUUUGUCAAGUUUCAGUGGAUCCCAUGGGCUCUUACCUUUCCUAUCAGUCUCCCACGUAGGACCUUA